GAGAUAUAGAAGCAGUAUAUAGAGCUGGACUCGUAUAUCAUUCCACUUUUUGGAAAUGACUCUAUUACUGCCCUUUUCUGUGGCCUUCCUUGUUAGUCUGCAGCAGGUGGAUGGUCAUUCUGCCAAGAAAGACAAAGAUGGGAUUGCUGAGCAGAUAAAUUGUAUCUAUUACAAUAUGGAAUAUGUAAACUGCACAUGGGAGCAGAAGAAAGAGGCAGCUAAUGGAGUUAAUGACACAUUUUAUUACUGGUGUUCACGCAAUCAGUUACACAAGGAGUUAUGCAACUUGAAUAAAGAGAACCAAAGUUGUCGAUUGAGAAAGAAAAAGAAAGCACAUAAGUGGUUGUGGUUAUAUAUAAAGACUUUGAACGAUUUCACACUGUUGGCACCAAAUGGCUUUCAACUUCAGGGACGUGGACCACAUAUGUUGAUAAACCAAAAUACAAACACGUCCGAUUUGAACUGUACCUAUUAUGACAACGGUAAUCUAAACUGCAUUCAGGCACAAGACAGCAAUUAUGAAAUUUAUUACACGCUCUCGAAAACUGCCCUGCACAUGAAGCAAUGCGACAAAUACUUAGAGAACCGGAGUCUCAAUUUUGGCUGCCACUUGACUGAGGAUUCAAAAUUUUGCGAAAGCCACUGGCUCUAUGUGUAUGUCAUUGAUUCCAACAAUUUCACAGUAGUGGAGCCACAUGGACUCAUGAUUGUGGAAAAUGUUAAACUGAGUCCACCACAAAACCUGAGUGCUAGACUUACUGCAAAAGAGGAAGUUUCAUUAACCUGGGAUGUGCCAAAAAAUCAGAAACCAGAGUGGCUUCAAUACGAGAUGGGAUGGAAAAGCAACAUGGAUUCAGACUGGCAGGGGGAAGAGUUUCGAAGCCAUCCAUUUACUUUGCCAAGUGUUGAUCUUGCGAAGUGCUAUUUCUUUCGUUUAAGAUCCCGAAUGAAUGACAUGUACGCAAGGAAAAGUUACUGGAGUGAAUGGGGACCCACGCUUAUUUGGAAGGGAAAGACUUGUGCAGACUCAUCCACCUCACCAACAAUAAAUUUACUUUUCCUGGUUUUACCGCUGGCAGCAGUUCUGUCUAUUGUUGUACUCAAGUGUGUACUUCAUAAAAUUAAGAGAGUAAACACUCGGCUUUUCCCAGGAAUACCAGACCCAAAACAUUCAUUUGUUGAACUCUUUGAGGACUACAAUGGAAACUUUCAGGAGUGGAUUAGUGUGUCUAAAUGCCUGAACAUAAAUUCGCAAUCGGACUGUAUUCCAAUUGAAUGCCAAGUUGAAGAGGAACCAGUGAGGCUGAAGAUGGAGCAUGAGGAUGCUCAGCGACUUCUGUCAGACAAGACUGGGAGAAGUGAUUCAGCCCCUGAGGGCAUUAAUGAAGAGACUGAAAAGUCUGUUGAGGAUGUGCCAAACUCGCAAUUACUAGUUCCUGAGACUUCCACUAUUGACAUGUCCAAAGUCAUCAUGGACAAAAACAUGUACAUAAGACUAUGAA